AUGGCAUACGCGCAGUCAGCACAUUCGGGGGCCUCCUCUGGGGGGGGCCCUCUGCAGGCGGCUCCCCAGCGUCAGCUUCGUACCCGGCCAGUGGAUGGCUCCAAGCCUCUGUAUAUUGUUCGCUCCGUGAAGGACCUCGAAGUGCUUGCAGAGGAGGAGGGUGUUCGCUUGGACCCGGUGUCAUUGGGAUUUUUAUCGCCUUCGCAAUUCGUAACAGAGGACUUGACGGCUCCAGCCCCGAAGAAGCCUCGGACUCAGAGCAUUGCAGUACCCCCCAUUCAAAAGGAAAAGCGGAUCCACCAAGCAGCAGACUUCGUACAGCCGGAGUAUUAUAUCCGAACCGAAGCACACAGAGAUUUGGUGAGUGGCUUGCGACUGUCUGAUGGAUCGACUGUCCACUAUGAUAUGCUGGAGGAAGAUGAGGAGUUUGUCGACGCGCUAAAUCGAAAAACAAACAGAAAUAAUAUCAUCACAAAGAAGCCGCUCUACAUGCCCGCGGAACCUGGGGCCCCUGAUGCAUGCGCCGUUGCGUCAAAUGCAGCAGAUGCAGCUGCAGGACUGGCAGCUGAAACGGCUGCAACCACCGCUUCCAACGGAGAGGGUGCUGCGUCUGACUCCCAGCAGCAAGAAGAAGCCCUGCAAAAACAGAAUCAUCCUACUUCUGGCCCCUUCCGUUUGGUCUUGAAUCCCAUCUGCCUUGCAAACAAGUCGCUCUUCCUCUCCGACAUUGCGUUCAUCAAGCUGAUGGAUGCUCUCGAGAAGGAGGCACAUGCGAGAGGGGGGAGCGAGCUCUCGGUGUCUCCUGAUGAGGCCGCACGGAUUGCGGCACAAGACCUCAAUUUGGGACUGCAUGCAGUUAUUUGCAAGCAUGUUCAUGCGCAUUGGCAGCGCCGCAGACAGCGCCUGCAGAAGCCUUUGCUGCGGCAUUUAUGGCCUCAGCCCUCGCCUGCAGAUACCUCGCCGCUUGCAGUCUUCCGACCGAGAGUGGGCCGCGAGAAGAUGACUUUGAGGAAGCAAAAGCGGAUUGGCAAAGACGCGCUGGUUAGAGCCGAAAAGCUGCUGGAUGACUGCAGGCUUGUUGAGAAGGUUCUGCGCCGCAUGCGGACGCGUGACGAAAAGAAGGAGCAUCUUCUUGAGGUGCGAAGCUUGAUGUUCGAGCAGCAGCGCUUCGAGCUGACCGACCCCUUUUAUUCCCACCCAUUGUGGCUGCAGCUAAGGGAGAAGGUCAAAGGCUCAGGCAGCCGCAGGACCGAUCGGAGGGGCGACAAGAGGGCCCUUUUGCAUGCUGCUGCCUCUGCAAGUGCUGGAGCUGCGGCACUGCCGCCGCCGCAGGGGCCCCCGGGGUCUGCGUCUGCUGGCGCUGCACGGCAGCAAGGCCCACCAGGGGCCCCCCAGGGCCCCCCCUCAGACUCACGCCAGAUACGCAGACAAGCCAAGAGGGAUCGACUGGGGCGGCUGAUACCCGUAAUGAGUCCCUCUCUAAUCCUCCGCCCAAAGGCCAACAGGCAUUGGAAGCCUUCAACUCAGUGUCUAUUUGGCACCUCUCCCUUGCCGCCCUCUCUCAUCCCGGUGUCUUCCCCGUUGCUUUUUACUCUUUCUCCUGCUGCUGCAUCGCAGCAGCCGGAGGGGGCACCCGCAGAGACGGGAGCUGUGGAGGUGGACGGCGACAAUUCCCAGGGCCCCCCCAAAUGCAGAUUCAGUAUCAUUAGGCGCAGAGGGCGGGGAGGACGCCUGUGGAUCGACAGGCUGCGCUGCGUUCCCCAGCAGCAAGAGCAGCAGCAACAGCAGCAGCAGGAGCAGCACUUGGGGGGCCCAGCUGAGAAGCGGACUCCGCGCAUGUGGACAAGCGGCACCGAAAACGGAACCCCCGCAGGAGGGGGCCCCUUUAACCCUUACGAGUACCAGGAGGGCGAGGAGGGUCUCUCAGGGGGCCCUUCACCAGAAUCUGUCCCCUCCGUGAUUGCAGCCGACAGCAGCGGCAGCAGCCUCGAGCGAGACGAGUUAGACUUGGAGCCGCCGUUCGCUUCUGCCAGUGGGGCUGUUGAGCCAGCGAAUUGCGGGGGCUUUCACUUGUUCUCCCUCCACUUGUACUUACAGCAGCAGCAGCAGCAGCAGCAGCAGCUGUCGUUUGAAGGCCCCUCCGGCACUGCAGCCGAUUGGGCAGGCCCCGAAGUGCUUCUGCAUGCGCAGCAGGAUCUGGCUCUCCCCCCGGCAGCAGCCGCCACUGCCCCUCGACAGUUGCAAGAUGAAAUCAGGGUGGCAGUUGAAGCAGCAAGAAAGAAACAGAUGAGACUCAACCCUGGUCCGGAAGAUGCAGCGGAGAUGACUGCAGCCUUCUCCGAAUGGCUAGAGAAAACAGAGGCUGCAUCAGCAGAUUCCUUGCUUCGAACGGCAUCUAGGGAUUUCCAGCAACAGGCAGUCUGCUCGGGGUCACUGCCUAUUCGAGGGGGUGCCCAAUGGUAG